AUCACUCGUUAUGGCAGAAGAAGGUAACAGAGAACAUGUUGCACUGGAUAUCCAUUUAAUAUCGAGGUACAAAACAAUGGUUUUAGGUGACUCUUUCAUCUCUACAAAUACCUGCAUCUUCAGAGUUCCAGACAGGAUCAAGAAGCAAAAUGCGCAGGCUUAUGAGCCCUACGUCUUUUCAAUUGGUCCUUGGCAUUUUGGCAAGCAACAUCUCAUGGAUGCACAAAAGUUCAAAAUAUACUUUUUUUCAAAGACUUGUUCAUCGUUUCCCAAAUCCAGAUUCAAUGGUUGAAGAGCUGGAACAAGUUAUCAAGGAUGUUCAAAGCCGCAAUUGUCAAUGUUAUGAGGAUUGGGCUGCCAUCAAUGUCACCAAAGAAGAAUUUGAGAAAAUUCUGAUGCUGGAUGGCUGCUUUAUCAUCGAGUUGCUUCGGAAGUCAGCUACUGAGGUACCUAUGCAGGAAGGAGAUUCGACACUUUUCUCUUCAAAUGUCAUGGUUAUAGCUGUUCUUCAUGACUUGCUUUUGCUAGAAAACCAAAUACCUUGGCUUGUGCUUGAACUCUUGUAUGACCGGACCAGUGGCAAUGGAAGCAAGCCUUUGGCUGAAAUUGCUACGGAAUUCUUCAUCAGGCAUUACUUGGGUUUGUCAUCAGAAGUGGGAAGUAGUAUUUUAGAAUUGUAUAAGCAUACAAUUCCUUCUGCCACUAGACUCAAAGAAUCAGGGGUCAAAUUCAAAAGAGUUGAAUCAAGAAGAAUCUUGGAUGUAAGAUUCAAGAAUGGUGUUUUAGAAAUUCUGACGUUAGCAAUUCACAAUACUUCAGAAGCCAUCUUUCGAAACCUUAUCAGCUUUGAGCAAUGUUGCCCUUUCUAUGCUCCUAGAGUGGCAUGCUACUCACGGCUCCUAGAUGGCCUUGCUGGGCCCAUGAACUCUGCACGCAGUCAUAGCACUUCAGGGAGACGAAGAUGGCAAGACGCUGUAGAUCUUACAUGUGAUGUUACCCCAGUAAUGGGCAUGGGCCAUACUCAAUCUAUUAGUCCACAAGGUUCUAUUCAUACAACAGCCUUAUCCCAUAAAGAGAGGCAGAAGGGAAGAGGUCCGAACAAACCAAAGAAGGCUGCAAGAAGACCAAAUGAGAGACCAUUUAUACAUCUUUGGCAUAAGGGUACAUUCUUGGAUGUUGAGGUCCCGAGAUUGAUUAUGACUCUGUGGAAGAGGCUAUACGAUGGUGACUACUUCACAUAUGAGUUGUUCCCAAAACACAAGAGGGUGCAACUAUGGGAGCUGUUUAAGGACACGUAUGUAGUUGAGUGCUCUGCUACACAUGGGUCUGAGUCAGCAUCAUGGCCACCACAGGACAAUAAAGCAUGGGCAGUUGCUGUUGGGGGAUGCCACAGCAAUUUCAUGCCCGGAAUUAGGUCGCAAGUAAACCUAGAGGAACUUAGGUUUACAUAUAGAAAAAGACCACUAACGGGGAAUUCAUACAUGAGCUUGAUGAUAUCAGAUCUAGCAGAAAAACAAGCAAGAGAUAGCAAGGCAAUGCAACAGAUGCGAGAAGAAAUAAGGCAAGUGAAGCAGCAAAGAGAAUCAAUGCAACGUAUGCUGGAAGAUAUGGGAGGAUGCAUGAUGCUCUAUUGCAGCAAUUCACUGCUUUUACUGCCUAUGGGAUGUGCCCCCCUAAUGCUACCCCAUCAUUGACUCAUGCUAGGCAAGCAUUUCGUGUAGUAGGGUCAUCAUUUCCUCCCACUGGCCCAUCUUUUAUGCAUGCAAUGCCAAUGCAACUCCCAAUAGAACCAGCAUUCCCCA